CCGGGCAUCUAGCUCUACUCCCGUUUCUGCAUGAAGCACCACCGAGUGAAAAUACACGAGGAAGUGAGUCAAGGGCGGGGAGAGGGGCCAGUAUCUCAAGACAGUCCUCAGAGACAUUCUGGUUCCUAACACAUAACAUAACACAUGGCUAUCCUCUUCCUCUCUCUCCUCAUCCUCAUCCUCAGUGGCCUUCCAGGUAACCGCAGUGUGAAAACAUUUCAGCAUUUAACCCACCCAUAUGGAGGAUCAAUUGCCAUCCCCUGUUUCUAUGAACACAAGCAGAAGGAUCAUGCAAAGUACUGGUGCAGAGCUAAACGUCUGCAAUCCUGUACCAUCCUGGGUCGCAGUCAGGCUGAAUGGAGGAUCGGCAGUGUACGCAUCUCCAACGACCCCGACAAGCUGGCUUUCUACCUAACCAUGAGCAACCUGCGAUGGUCUGACAGCGGGAAUUACUGGUGUGCAGUGGAGAUUAACAGCACUACAGAAUACUCUGAAAACCUCCACUUAGCAGUUACAAAUGCUCAGAGUGUGAGGACUGUGAGCUGGGUAUCUGCAGAGAGAGGAGGAUCUGUCACCAUCCCAUGUUACUAUGAUCAGAAGUAUAAAGACCAUGUGAAGUACUGGUGUAGAGGGUCUAACUGGAUGUACUGCUCCACAGUGGCACGUUCUGACUCCCCUCAGAUGACAGGGGAGGUGUCAGUCAGUGAUGACCCCGCCCACCUGGUCUUUAAUGUGACCAUGAGGAACCUGCAGGAAACGGACUCUGACACUUACUGGUGUGCCAUUUGGAUUCCAUUUGCGGCAGAUCCCGCGGUAUUUCUGCCUCUGAUGAUCAGGAGCGGAAAUGUCGAAAAUAUAACUGGUGAAGAACCUCCAGCUGGGUCACCCAUGGCAUCUACUGGCGUCUCACCUAAGGAGGCCUCCAGCACUGGCAGUUCAGAAAGCUCAUCCUCUCAGCUGGUUCUCAUACUAACGCUGGGCCUGCUGCUGCUCCUGGUGUUCCUGCUGGCCGUUGUUAUAGGCGCCAUUCUGAACAGACGAGGAAAAAGACCGGCCAAUGAUGAAGAUACACAGAACAGACUGACCAACAUAUCCUCUGUAGACCCUAACGAUGCUAUGAUAUACAGCACAGUUAAUCUACAGGACCAAGAGGAGCUUGCGUCAGAGGACUCUGCUGGUUCGAUUGUCUAUAGUACUCUGGCCCUGAAGCAGACAUAGGCCCAUGGAUGAGCAGGCGGUCCUGUAGGUGAACUGGAUGCCAGUCAGUUCACCUCAUUUCAAAUAUUUGACAUCGAAAGCUAUUUUUCAUUCAUAUUCAAGGCAAUACAGUUGUUAUUGAUUGUAAUUGUAAUUAAUUAAUUGUAAUUAAUUGUAAUUGUAGUUGUAAUUAAUCAGUUGUUACUGAAGACAGUUUUAAUUGUGCGGAAUAUAUAU